AUGUUUUUUGAUCUUGACAUCCCAGCGCCAUCAGCUGGCAAGUCUGAAGGGCAGCCAUCGCAAGCUGUCUUCCUGAAUACAGCAGAAACUUGCAAGAGAUUAGGAUACCAUGGAGUCGCUUACAGCACUACAUUGCCUCUCAAAACAGCUCUCACCAAACCAUGCGACAUCAAGCUCCCAAACCUGUCAUCAGACGAUACAAACUCACUUGCAAAUCUAUCAUCGCAUACCAAACCCGUCACGAAUACAACAUUUCACCAAUUGACUCGUUUGACCGUCGUAGCUGAAGAAUCAGCUAUGAAUGUUCAGUUGACAGCCAACAACCAAAACCUGUUAACGUACGAUAUCGUGGCAGUCAUCCCAACAUCAGAAAAAAUGCUUCAGCAAGCAUGCCAAUCCUACGAUGUAGACAUUAUCUGCUUGGAAAUGUCGACGCGUAUAUCACAUUAUUUACGACCGUCUACUUUGAAUAUCGCUAUACAACGUGGGAUUUAUUUUGAGAUUAGUUAUGCCGCUGCUAUUCGAGAUACAACGGCAAGGAGGAAUCUAUUAGGAAAUGCUGCAAAUCUAGUACGAGCAACACGUGGUAAAAACAUUCUGGUGUCUAGUAGUGCUGCGGCUGCAAUGGAAUUACGUGGGCCCUACGAUGUCAUGAAUUUGUGUAAUCUAUUUGGACUGGAUCAUGCUGCUGGAAAACGAGCUAUCAGUGCUCACUGUCGUGCAGUCAUAUUUCAUGCUGCUACACGAAGACUGACAUAUCGUGGUGUCGCUGCUAUGGAGCCCUUGUCUGCUUUAGCGAAAAGCGACGCAUGGAUGGUUGGUGGCAAAGACAACUUUAUGGAUGUCAGCGACGCACCACAAAGAGGAGAAGAUGGCGACGACGAUGAUGAAGAUGACACUAUGGAAUCGUAA